GGGCUAGGAACUAUCGCCAGUUAAGAAGGACUACCGAGCUAUGGGGCGGGCAAAGUAGAUAGUUGACCGCUCUCCUAAGGUCAGCAUUGGCUGGGUGAAGAGCAAAGGGGACGUCGAAUGACAGGGCAGACUGCCCAAUUAGAAAGCCGACCGGAAAUGGGCGUAGCCGGUAAACAGCACCCUAUCAGCAUGAUUGUCCAUCGGUUCGCUUUUCUAUUGGUCGUGAUCAAGAAGUGACAGUUUGAACAAGCAAUAGUCAUGGCGAGUGGCAGAAGUAGGGCGGGGCGCCGAGGAGAGCGGGGCGUCGCUGAGGCCGGAUGAGGAGAAUCCGAGGGGGAAGUUUGGUGGUUGUUGCCUGGGGCUGUGAGCUGCGGGGGGAGCUGGCCCCUUCCUUAGGUCGUUGCCAUGGGCAACCGAGGAAUGGAGGAGCUGAUCCCGCUGGUGAACAAGCUACAGGACGCCUUCAGCUCUAUCGGGCAGAGCUGCCACCUCGAUUUGCCGCAGAUCGCCGUGGUAGGCGGUCAGAGCGCGGGCAAGAGCUCAGUCCUCGAGAACUUCGUCGGCCGAGAUUUCCUGCCUCGUGGUUCUGGAAUUGUCACUAGACGACCUCUCAUCCUUCAGCUUAUAUUCUCAAAAUCAGAGUAUGCAGAAUUUUUGCACUGCAAGUCAAAGAAGUUUACAGAUUUUGAUGAAGUUCGACAGGAGAUUGAAGCGGAGACAGAGAGGGCCACGGGAACAAAUAAAGGCAUCUCUCCCAUUCCUAUUAACCUUCGGGUGUAUUCACCACAUGUGCUGAAUCUGACUUUGAUUGACCUUCCGGGUAUCACUAAGGUGCCAGUGGGUGACCAACCCCAGGACAUUGAGUACCAGAUCAAAGAGAUGAUUUUGCAGUUCAUCAGUAGAGAUAGUAGCUUGAUUCUUGCUGUGACUCCAGCAAAUAUGGAUUUGGCUAACUCAGAUGCUCUCAAAAUGGCCAAAGAAGUUGACCCACAAGGCCUACGGACAAUUGGGGUAAUAACCAAGCUAGACUUGAUGGAUGAAGGCACUGAUGCCAGAGACAUCUUGGAGAACAAACUCUUACCUCUGCGGCGAGGCUACAUUGGAGUUGUGAACCGGAGCCAGAAGGAUAUUGAUGGUAAGAAGGACAUCCGAGCAGCGCUGGCAGCUGAACGCAAGUUCUUCCUUUCCCACCCUGCUUACAGACACAUGGCAGACCGCAUGGGAACUCCCCACUUGCAGAAGGUCCUCAACCAGCAAUUGACAAACCAUAUUCGGGAGACUCUGCCAUCACUACGAAGCAAACUCCAGAGCCAGCUGCUGUCCCUAGAGAAAGAGGUGGAGGAAUAUAAGAACUUCCGCCCUGAUGACCCUACAAGAAAAACCAAAGCUUUGCUGCAGAUGGUCCAACAGUUUGCAGUAGACUUUGAGAAGCGGAUUGAAGGUUCUGGAGACCAGGUAGACACACUAGAAUUAUCCGGUGGAGCCCGAAUCAACCGCAUUUUCCACGAGAGGUUUCCCUUUGAGUUAGUCAAGAUGGAAUUUGAUGAGAAGGAUUUGAGACGAGAAAUCAGCUACGCAAUCAAAAACAUCCAUGGUGUAAGGACGGGGCUCUUCACGCCUGACAUGGCCUUUGAAACCAUAGUGAAAAAACAGAUUGUAAAACUCAAAGAGCCCAGUUUGAAGUGUGUUGAUCUGGUGGUCUCAGAGCUGUCCAUGGUCAUUAAAAAGUGUGCAGAGAAGCUUGGUUCCUACCCCAGGCUGCGAGAGGAGACAGAGAGAAUUGUUACUACAUACAUUCGAGAACGGGAAGGAAGGACUAAGGACCAGAUUCUCCUGCUGAUUGACAUAGAGCUGUCCUACAUCAACACUAACCAUGAAGACUUCAUUGGAUUUGCCAACUGUUACACUGAGCAGCACGUGGCAGCAGGUGCACAGCAAAGAAGCACCCAAGCCAACAAGAAAAGAGCCAUCCCAAAUCAGGGUGAGAUACUGGUAAUCCGCCGAGGCUGGCUGACGAUCAACAACAUUAGCAUCAUGAAAGGUGGUUCCAAGGAGUAUUGGUUUGUCUUGACAGCAGAGAGUUUGUCUUGGUACAAGGAUGAGGAGGAGAAAGAGAAGAAGUACAUGCUACCUCUGGACAACCUGAAAAUCAGAGAUGUAGAAAAAGGUUUCAUGUCCAACAAGCAUGUCUUUGCCAUCUUUAACACAGAGCAAAGGAAUGUAUACAAAGACCUGCGUCAGAUUGAGCUCGCCUGUGAUUCCCAGGAAGACGUGGACAGCUGGAAGGCCUCCUUCCUUCGUGCUGGUGUUUAUCCUGAGAAAGAUCAAGUGGAGAAUGAGGAAGGGGCCCAGGAGAACACCUUUUCCAUGGAUCCUCAGCUAGAGCGUCAAGUGGAAACCAUUCGCAAUCUUGUUGACUCGUAUGUUGGGAUCAUCAACAAGUCCAUCCGGGACCUCAUGCCAAAGACAAUAAUGCACCUAAUGAUAAACAAUACCAAGGAUUUCAUCCACUCGGAGUUGCUGGCCUACCUAUACUCCUCUGCAGACCAAAACAGUUUGAUGGAGGAGUCAGCAGACCAGGCACAGCGCAGGGAUGACAUGCUGAGAAUGUACCAUGCUCUGAAGGAGGCAUUGCACAUAAUUGGAGACAUCAGUACCAGCACUGUUUCUACACCUGUUCCUCCACCUGUUGAUGACACAUGGCUGCAGCCAGGGAGCAGUGGGCAUAGCCCAACACCACAACGCAGGCCUCCUUCUAACGUGUUGCCACCAGGGAGACCCCCUGCUGUGAGGGGCCCAAUGCCAGGCCCUCCCUUGAUCCCAGUACCAGCAGCAGGAUCUUCCUCUUUUGUGGCACCACCCAUUCCUUUACGCCCUGGACCGCAAAGUUCAUUUGUUGCUAACAAUGACCCUUUCGCAGCUCCUCCUCAGAUUCCUUCACGACCAGCACGUGUUCCACCCGGCAUCCCUCCAGGCGUACCCAGCAGAAGACCCCCGGCAGCACCGAACCGGCCCACCAUUAUCAGACCAUCUGAGCCCUCCUUAUUAGAUUAACCACCACCACUACGGCGGGGGAGUGGGGGGGUGUUGCUUGUUAACUACCUUGUGAAGAGAAUUCAUGCCUAAUCUCUUGUAUAAAAGAGCUCUUUGCAACUGUGAUCCAUCUGUAGCCAAGGCCCAUUUCCCCCAUACCCACCAUAACCACCAAUAGCACAACCACCAGCAGUAACCAGGUGAUGGGUGCUAUGGGUCCGUUCCCUGUAAAUAGCCCUGAGAGGCCAAGCAUUCCUUGUAGUAGUUUCCCUCUCUGUCUCUGGGUCUUGGCUAGGGAGGGAUUUGGUAACUUCUUCUGGGGGAAGAAAAGAUUGGUUUCUUCAUCCUCCUCUUGGUGCCACACCAGACCCAUUCCACUUGAGAACAUGGAAGAUUCUGUUUUGUGGAGUUUUGCACUUUGUUGAAAAUACAUAAAGGAACCCUAGCUGAGUGCCAUGGGAUUGCUUGUGAGUGUGUGAAAUUCACUGAACUGUAGCAAGACAUUACAAGCAGAAUUUUUGGAAAGAGGAAGGCACUGGGUUGCUUUUGAGCCUCAGGUAUAUUGCUGACUUGUAUGUCAUGCCACCCUCUGCACAACCAGUGCUGUUCAUACUUAAAACAGAAGCAGUGAACGUUGAUCUCAGUAUGCCAGUUAUGGUUAGAUAAGCAUGACGAGCGGCGACUCCUAUGUUACACAUCCAGAUGGCUAGUUGCAGGGAUAUCUUAGUCCUUUCAGGUUGUAACAGCAGCUGACUGUUCCCUAACUGACUGUGACUGUGUUGAACCUGCCCUGUUCCACAUGAAGAAGUAUCAGGGCUUUGAACAGCUUAUUAGGAUUGUAGUCUCUGAGAAAGUGUUUUCCUCCCUAAUCAGAAGGGUGAAUUGACCCUGUGCAUGGAACUCAUGUUGUCUUUGAGAUCAGCUGUGCUUCAGCCUACCUCUGCUUCUAAGCUGCACCAGGUUCUUCAAGGCAAACAGUGUCCAGAUAUAGGUCGUGUGGCACUAAUACUGGAAGGUUGCCCUAUCCCACAGAAGCUCCCAUAGGAGGCUGUGGCCCCUCAGAAGAGUUUGAAUUGGCUGCUCCAUUUCUAUGCCUUUGAUGUCCUGAGAGCAACACUGGAACCUUCUCAAUAGGACUAGUAAAAGCACUCUGCCCUCCCUGGGCUGUAGCUGUAUAUAUUUCUUCAGAAAGACAGACUGUAUUAAUACUUGUAUAAAUUCUAGAUUUUUUAAAAAUGGAAAUCAUCAGUUAAGCCCCUGCCCCCACCCCAGGAUAUAACUGUCAGGGAUACCUCAGCCCUUCCUGAGAUGAACAGCCACACGCGCACACACACACACACACACACACACCCCACCUGCCUUAAAUGUUUCCCACCAGUGGCUUCUUCCUUUCCUGCCUGAUUUGGAGCAGUAGUUUCUCACAUCAUGUUCUGAAAGAUACUUUUCCACAGACGGUGCUAACUUGUGCCUUUAUUGCUUGAAUCCAAUGCCGUCUGGCCUAAUAAACCAGUGUUGCCUUCCUUUGAAUUUCCCUCUGCCCCGCCUCUUGAGUCGUCAUUAAAGGCUUUGACCCUCUAUUGUAGCGCAUUUCAUAACCUCUCUACCAUUUCCUGCCCACUGGUUGCUUCUCUGACAACUUGCAUUUGCUUGGUAGCAUGGACUUCCUCUUUAAUUCAUGUUGAUUUGCUUCCUAUUGCCAUGUGUGAAGAAGUUUUGGGGUCUUUUCUCCCACGUCUUCAGAUGAAAAAAAGCUCCCAACCGUUUGACAUAAGUGCCUCCAUUCUGUAUCCUAUUAAUAAACUAAAAUAAAGGGAAAUUCUGCUGGUGGAAGGUC